CUCCUUCUUCCACCACCACCCCCACCUACAAACGUGAAAUGUCUGAGCAGCAGGCUACCAUCCCUACGUUCAAGCUCGUACUUGUCGGAGAUGGAGGCACUGGCAAAACCACCUUCGUCAAGCGCCACUUGACCGGUGAAUUUGAGAAGAAGUACAUCGCCACUCUCGGAGUCGAGGUCCACCCUCUCUCUUUCUCGACCAAUUUCGGCACGAUCUGCUUCAACGUCUGGGAUACCGCGGGUCAGGAGAAAUUUGGCGGUCUCCGCGACGGCUACUACAUCCAGGGACAGUGCGGGAUAAUCAUGUUCGACGUCACCUCCCGCAUCACGUACAAGAACGUUCCCAACUGGCACCGUGAUCUUGAGCGUGUCUGUGAGAACAUCCCCAUCGUUCUCUGCGGUAACAAGGUCGACGUGAAGGAGCGGAAAGUGAAGACCGGCAGCGUCACGUUCCACCGCAAGAAAAACAUCCAGUACUUUGAGAUCUCGGCGAAAUCGAACUACAACUUCGAGAAGCCGUUCCUCUGGCUCGCGAGGAAGCUCGUUGGCAACCCGUCGCUGGAGUUCGUCGCUGCGCCCGCUCUUGCGCCGGCGGAGGUUCAGGUCGACCCCGAGCUCAUGAGGAAGUACGCGGAGGAGCUUGCGCAGGCCGAGGCUGUUCCCUUGCCAGAAGAGGACGACGACUUGUAAUUCUACGCAUUCACGACUCUUUAUCAUGCCCCUGCUACCCCAUCUGUCUCUUUCAUACGUCCUGUAUCCGACACUGUUCUAAGUACAAGUACAAAGCUCAUCGCAUCAUACCGGAGUAACCAUGCUCCGAACCCGCUGCUACGAAUACGCACCCCACCUUGUAGAAGUUGUCAGUUCGUUGUCGGUGGUCGCUGUAUCGAAUUUAUGUUUCCAAGCAGCCAUAC